CUAAAUUCUGAGUAUUUCUACCACUUUCACAUCUGGAAAGGCAAUAAAGCUACACAAAGCACUGCAAAUGAUUAGGCGAGCAGAGAUCAGCCAAAGACCGACAUGUGCCCUGUGCUGUUCUCUCUGGAACCUGUGCCGCCUGCCCGUCUGGUCGUAGCUCCCCCAACCCCAGCUGCACGGCCUUAUCAGGCUGGUGGCCAGGUAAAGUCAGGACCAUGUCCAAAGGCGGGCACCUGUCAGAGGCCCACGGGCCAGGAGAGGAGAGAGCAGCUGAGGUCCUGUGGCCAGACCCAAGAUCUGCCCAGCAGCUCCUCCAUCCCCGCUGAGGAGUUCAAACACCUGCUCCAGUCUCUCAUGCCCUCUCUCUCCCCAGACCAGUACAACACUCUUAUGGCUAAGGUUAUGCGGAGGGAAGGCCAAGUGAGUAUGAACUGUCAGGACUUCACCAGGGGCCGUCCCAGCGACUGUCCACUGCAGAGCCAGAAAGGGGCAGCGUGGUCCAGGUGUAGCAGUGUAGCAGAGCAACCCUCCCGCUCUCUACAAGAGCUCCAGCAGGGCCUCAAACAUCAGAUCGGGUCAAACCUGAAGGGAGCCAUGCGGGCCCUGAGACUCUACGACUACAACCGGGAUGGACUGAUCCAACGACACGAGCUCCGCCGCUUCCUGGAUAACUACUUACCCAUGACCGACACAGAGUUCAAGAGACUUUGGUCCUUCUACAACCCUAACAACUUUGCCAUGAUGCCCUACAAAGAGUUCCUGAUGAAGCUGGGAAUCAACUGUGAGAUGUAUGCCAAAUUUGUCCCACAGCCUGGAAGCUUAGUGGUGAAUGCACAGGCUUCCGAAGAGGCCUGGAGAAGGCACGAGAAAGAAACACCAUGUCCUGUGAGCUCAGGACAAGCCCUUACUGUCGCAGACCUGACCCCGGAGCAGACCCAGGAAGUGUUUCUGAAUAAGAUGCGGCAGAGCUACACUGAAGUGUGGCGUGUGCUUCAGGCCUUUGAUGUCACAUGCUCUGGAGUCUUGCCUCUGGAAGACCUGCACUCCGUCAUCAACAACUUCCUGUUUCCCAUGAGCCCAUGCGCGUUCCACAGGCUCCUGCGACGACUUGGUGUGCGGUUCUCCAGAACUGUGUAUUGGAAAAACUUUAUGACAAAGGUCAAAGGUGCUGCACACACAGAAGCCAAGACGAAAUAUGACAACAGGCGACUCUGUUUGAUUGUCAGAGACACCACUGAUCAGAGGGCCUCGGCACCAAGUCGGAGGGAGGAUUCUUCAGACCAGGUUGAGCAAAAGGAUAAAGACAAAGCUGUGAGGAGUGCAUGGACUGAGAAGGCAACCUUGGCAGCGGACACAUGGACUACAGUAGAGGAGCUGCUGAGGGACAAACUGAGCGAGUCUUUGACGGCUGUGAGCCUGACUCUGGGCCAGCUGGAUCGGUGCGGAAAAGGGACUGUCCGUCAGGAGGAGCUCAGAAAGAUCAUCCAACAACAUGGCCUGCCUCUGUCUGACCAACACUUCAACCGGCUAUGUGAACCUUACACCGUGUCUGGCAGAGUUCAAUAUAAGCACUUUCUGCAGCACUUAUGGAUGCUCGCCAGUACUAGAGGGACAGACAGCGGUCUGAAGACUCAGUGUGCUACAGACAGGUUGGCCUCAGGCCCCCAUGUAAAGGAAGCCGAUGAUCUCUUGUGGAGGCUCAAAGAGAGGCUGAGCCUCCUGGCCCUCACCCUCGCCGACUGCCUCCCCCCCGGUGGCAGCGUCAGCGCCUCGCAGCUCAGAACGAUAUUACAGGACUGCAAUUUGUCGGUGGAUGAGAAGCAGUUGCAGUCCCUGACCAGAGUGCUGGGCUUCAGGGCCGGGAGAACCUCCUGCUCAGGGCUCCUGAAGAAAUACUCCGGGAUUUUGGCCAGGUAUCAGAAGAGAGCUCCAGUGCCUGUUAAACCAGAUGCCGGAGCGCCAGCCAGACUGCUGACCGCUGAGGAUUGCCUCUCUCUGAUGCUGGACAGAAUCACAGAAGUCCACGGGAGUGUCUUCUCAGCUUUCCGCUUCAUGGACAAAGACUCAGAUGGUUUUGUGCUGGCACGUGACUACCUGGACCUCCACACCAGCCUGGGUUUCAUCACCAAGGAGUCUGAGCACGGUCGCCUGCUGCGUCUGCUGGGCCUCGGCCCCGGCAAAAACCUCAGCUACCGCGAGUUCCAAAGCAUUGUCCGGUCAAAGGGCAGGAAGCUAGCACUGCAGCCAGCCAGUGGACUUGAACAGCUCCAUCAGACGUUGGUUACCAAUGCGAUCUACAGAUGGCCUGACAUGUCCAGGAAGCUGAGUCAAUAUGGGGAAGAUGGAGUCCAAAUUGUUUUGAAGAACGACUUUAAGAACUUGGCUUGCUCAUUUGGCCUUCCUGUCACACCAGCGGAACUUCAAGCACUGUGGUUGAGAUAUGACCCUACUGGCAAAGGCUACCUCACGCUCUCAGAGUUUCGGGAGAAGCUGCAGGAAGACCAUACUGCUGAUAUCUAUGGACCAGUGAACGCAGUUUCAUUAAACUCAUCCAGUCCCAAACCUAGUCAGACAGAGGUAUCGCUGAAGGACAUUGGGGACCUGGUGAGGCGUCAUUACCACGAGCUGACCUCAGCCCUGUCCCGCCUGGAGGUGAGGAGGAGGGACGGGAGAGUGCGGCUGGAGGACCUGCAGAGUGUGCUUCAGCAACAUGGCCGCCGUCUGGAGAGAGAGCAGCUCACGCAGCUACUACAAAGUCUGAAGGUUAGGGUGGUUGCUGGGGCUCUGUCGUGGCUGAGCUUCCUGCGGGCCUUUGAGCUGGGACCAGUGCAGAGGUCAGAGGUCAGAUCCCCCACCCCUGCCCCCACUGAGAACCUGGAGACCCUGAGCCCAGAGAGGGCCAUCCAGAGAAUCAGCGAGCUGGUCACCGCCUCAGCACACACACUCCACAAGGUGUUCUCUUCAUUUGAUCGUGAUGGUAACGGAAUGCUGUCCUCGCUGGACUUCCGAAGGGUCCUGGAGCACUUCUGCGCCAGGGUGUCGGACCGCCAGUACCGGUACCUUCUCAACCGGCUGGUGUUGGACUGGGAGAAUAACGCUGUGUGCUGGAGAAACUUCCUGCACCAAUUCAACCUCAACAACAAGCAGGCCCCAGAGAGGAAGUUGAUCAUGGAGACGAGAGCUUGCACACCUGUCCAGCUGCAGUCUCUGCCAGACACUGAGAUUUUGGACUGCGUGCGCCAAGUCGUCUCUGAGCAUCUCUUCUCCAUCGUCAUGGAGAUGGUGGACAUGGACCCCACCAACUGCGGUUCCAUCAGUAAAGACGAAUUCAGGGAUAUCGCUGACCACCACCUUCACUUUCUCUCACCUGAGCAGUUGGAAUGGCUGUGGGAGCAGCUUCCUCUGACGGAGCGGGGUGUCCUGGACUACCGGACCUUUCUGAAGUGUUUCAGUUCAGGGGACUUCUGUCUCUCCCUCACCUCUCCGUCACUAACGCCUGAUAUGACCAUAAGCCCUGUUAAUGUUCAGACAUCACCCAUCCCACCACGACCCAGGACUCCACCCUGUGGCUCUCGAAGCUCCAAGCAGGGGCAGGCCCAGAGGCGGCGUCCAAGCUCCAGCCCACUGCUCAACUGUGAAGCGUCCGAGCGUCGCAUCCAAAGCCGCGUGCGCUGCUGCUGGAAGGAGAUACAGCGGAGGUGCCGUCUGGAGGACCAGCAGCGCAGCGGCCAGAUCAGCCAGCACACCUUCAUGGAAAUCCUUAAGGAGCUGCACAUCAAUCUAACAGACCGGGAGUUUAGGCAGCUGGCUGUGAAGUAUGACAUCCAGAAUACCGGGCAGCUGUCCUACCCAGACUUCCUGCGUCACUUUGUGCUCUUCCUGCGUCCUCAGACCAAACAGGCCUUAGGAAAACCAAAACCCAAUGAACAGACUUUGGCCUUUGUGAGUGAUCAGUGUGCCGAGGCCCAUCUGAGGAUGAGCGAGUCGGUCCAGCAGUGCUGGAAGUCCAUGAGACAGAGUUUUGCAGUGCAUGACCACCACCACAGUGGAACUAUAUCCAUCCCAGACUUCAGGAAGGUGCUGCGGCAGCACAGCGUAAAUCUCUCCGAGGACGAGUUCCUGCAUCUCGCGUCCUGCUUUGAUAAAGAUGCGGGUGGGAGGAUAUCCUACAACGAUUUUCUCCGCACCUUCCUGGGAUGAACGCCAAUCCCGUCUCCAGGUGCUACCGAAGCGGAUAUACAGCACGCUUACACACACACACACACACACACACACACACACACACACAGCUUUCUGAUAGACAAGGCCCCACACUGUGAUAUCCAGUCCUGCUAAUGCUAUUUAUCCACAUCUAGCCAGGGGCAAUAUCCCAAACCUCCUUAAAACAACAACAAAAAAACAGACAUGUUCAUUAUCAACAGUCCUAUCCCAUAUUUUACAGAUUAAGUAAAACACUAUGACAGGCCAUCUGAAUGGCUGAGACUU